CUUGUCGCAGAUCAGGAAAGUAAUAAAGGAAACCUCAGCCACACUUCAACAAAAUGCAACAGAGUCUAUUACAUACUGCAUCUCUGCUGGCGCAUGGGACGUGUUUGUUUUCUCCUCGCACCAGUAUCUUUCAGUGCUUAAAAGGACAAUCAGUGUUGUCUAAUGUUGGAUGCAAAGUGAUUCUGGCACUGGACCCUCCUAAACGAUGUCUUCAUGCAGGUGCAGCACGCUUUGCCUCAAAGAAAAGGGCUUUUUCAUCACAGCCAGCAGACGUGCCUCACAAGGUACCAGAAGAGAGAAAUCCUUUGACUUCGGCCACUGAUACACCCAAGCAGAGCGCUGUAGAGUCAGAUUCUUCAGAUCCUGAUCCAUUACAAGACAAAUCAAUUAGUCUCGUUCAGAGAUUCAAAAAAACUUUUAAACAGUAUGGAAAAGUCAUGAUUCCAGUGCAUCUUCUGACUUCCACUGUAUGGUUUGGAUCCUUUUACUAUGCAGCCAUGAAAGGAGUGAAUGUUGUUCCAUUCCUAGAGUUGAUUGGCUUACCAGACAGCAUAGUAAACAUCCUGAAAAAUUCCCAGAGUGGAAAUGCGCUAACUGCAUAUGCAUUGUAUAAAAUAGCAACUCCUGCCAGAUACACUGUGACUUUGGGAGGAACGUCCAUCACUGUUAAAUAUCUACGUAAGAAUGGCUACAUGUCCACACCACCACCAGUAAAGGAGUAUCUGCAAGAUAGGAUGGAGGAAACAAAGGAUAAAAUUACAGAGAAGAUGGAGGAAACAAAGGAUAAAAUUACAGAGAAGAUACAAGAAACCAAAGAUAAAGUUUCAUUUAAAAAAAUAAAGGACUAGGAGAGAUACUUAGUUUCUGGAUAUAUCAAACUUAGCACUUUAACCCUUUGUGAGACAGGAUAUAUGAAGUGCACUUCUGAGUUUCUUUUUUUUUUCUUUCUUUCUUCUCCCUGCC